AUGGAGCUAGUAAUAUUAAUCAUUGUUCUGUUGUUUAUGAAUAAAUAUGUACAUCCAUUCUGCAACCAGCAUAAUCCAUUUUUGGUAAACACAACAUUAUCGCCAGUGAUUCUUCGAUGCCCGCUGGAAUGUUCAUGCUCAUACUGCCUAGUAUCCUACAUCGGAACAGAUAUUAGAUACCGUCAUCAGGUGGACUGUUCACGACGCAACUUGACAGAGAUUCCAGAUUCUUAUCAGUUACCAACUGAUACUGAGGUUUAUUUUCUGCAGAGCAACAGUAUCAUUGAAUUACCUAGUAAUUCUUUUACAACAACACCAAAUCUGAAAAUUCUUGAUCUCUCAUACAAUCGUCUGAUAUCUGACAGUAUUGACAGAGAUGCUUUCAAAGGUUUAGAUAACCUUCAGCAAUUAAAAUUGGAUGGAAAUCAAUUUAAAACACUCAAAGGUAGAUGGUGCCAGUUCCUGCCAUCUGUAGAGUUUCUUAGUUUUCAGAAUUGUGAGAUAAGCAUUGUAAAUGGAGAUGAUUUGAAUGGCUGUGAAAAUUUACGGCAUAUUGAUUUUUUUGAUAAUAAUCUUGGCGCAGAACUCCAGACGCAUACUUCUUGGUAUAAAUUUCAUAAACUUAAAAUAAUCAAUUUAAAAAAAAAUGGAUUUGACAAUUUGUAUUUUGGCAAGCAAUUACCAACUACUAUUGAGAGCAUUGACGUAUCUAAAAAUUACUUAUCCAGUCUUUGGACAAUAUCUUUAAAACAUUUCUCACCAAAUUUAAAAUACCUGAAUUUAGCCGAUAACAAUUUUGAUAGUUUUUAUUUUAAAAACAGAAAUGAAUUUAAAGGUUUGAAAGCACUGGAAGUAUUACUCCUUAACAACAACCUACUUAGUGAGGUUAGAAAACUGUGGUUUACGAGCUUGGUAAAGCUGAAGUAUCUUUCACUUUCAAAUUCAUCCAUCAUCAUAAUCCAAGAACAGAGUUUUGUGAAAUGCGUAAGUCUCAGAUUCAUUGACUUAUCUGCCAAUAAGAUCACAUAUUUACCUUCAAAAUUGUUCCAUGGACUUGAAAACUUAUAUUCCCUCAAUCUACAAGGAAACCUAAUCACAAGACUUCCAGGAAAGGCUUUUCAUGGAUCUGGGUUAUUAGAAAACAUAAUCAUGGCUGACAACAUGUUGACUGCAAUUAAUGACAGUGUAGGCUUGCAGAAAUUGAAGAAUCUGAAGAAGCUAGACGUCCAAUCAAAUCCUUUUUUAUGUAAUUGUGAUUUGGUUUGGUUUCGACACUGGGUAAAUAAUACAAAUGUUACCAUACCGAAUUUGGAUGCACUAAAAUGCAGAGGAAACGCUAACAUCACCAUACAUCUUCUGGAGUUUGAUGCAGAUUCAUUACAUUGCUUGUCUACUAUUAUCACAGUUGUCAUUCCAUCCUGCAUAGUUCUCCUCUUCAUCAUAGUUGGUGCAAUUACUUGGUACAUUUUCCAUUGGGAUUUCAGGUAUCUUUAUCAGCGGUAUCUUCUUCGUAAACAAUACCAGAGGCUUGCGGAUGAGGGGUUAGCUCCCCUUGAUGGAGUCAACAUCCGCUUUGAUGUUUAUAUAUCGUACAGCCAUGAGGAUUUAGACUGGGUCUUACAUGUGCUGCAACCAACGCUAGAAGGAGCCCUUCAUAACUUCAAACUUUGUCUUGAUUAUAGAGACUUUAUUGCUGGUGAAACAAUUUUCAACAACAUCAUUGAUUCUGUCAAGAGCAGUCAUAAAACAGUGUUAAUUGUCACCAAGUCGUUCAUCGCCAAUGAAUGGUGUUUCUUCGAGGCGGAGAUGGCAAGAACUAAAAUGUUUGAUGCAAAUGAAGACAGUAUUCUGAUCAUUCUGCUGGAGGAUGUUGAUGUGGCCCACAUGCCCAAUUUUCUACGUAUGUUAAUGCAAACAAAAACGUAUCUCAAAUGGCCAGAGGAGGAAGAAGAAGACAGAGCUAAGUUUUGGACAACACUUGCAGAGGUCCUGAGAACACCAAAUGCGCAUAAAGAUUGGCUGAUAAAUAACUAAAUUUACGAAAAUAAAGAUACACUCUGUGCUGGUAACAUUGAAUUCAUCAAUUCAAAAUAUUUGAGUAAGUGAUUGGGAUCUAAAGCGUUAAAAUCUAACAUAUGUAUGUUGAGAUCUAAAUGAUACUGUAUCAAACUUCCAACUCUUUUCAAAAUUUGAAAUUAAAAUACACUUUUGGGUACAGUAAAUCAUUUUAUCUUCCUAGUUCCAAAAUUAUUCAAAACAAUAGGGGACACAAUUUUUUUUUUUCAGAUUUUGCGAUUGUCAUAUAUGCCCUUAAUAUUCACACGUGUUUCACAAUAGAGUCGUGAUAGAUCACUAGUAUCGCUUGGAGGCGGUAGUCAUUGUGUUUAAUAAGAUUAUACAUAAU